AUGGCUUCCCCGCGUCGCCGCAUCGAGACAGAUGUCAUGAAGCUGUUCAUGAGCGAUUACGAGGUCACCUUGGUCAAUGAUAAUAUGCAGGAGUUUUACGUGCGGUUCAAGGGGCCUACUGAGACUCCCUUCGAAGGUGGUGUCUGGAAGGUUCAUGUCGAGCUCCCUGAUCAGUACCCGUAUAAGUCGCCGAGUAUUGGGUUCGUGAACAGGAUUUUUCACCCUAAUAUUGAUGAGCUGUCUGGAUCGGUCUGCCUCGACGUCAUCAACCAAACCUGGUCGCCCAUGUUCGACAUGAUCAAUAUUUUCGAAGUCUUCCUCCCGCAGCUGCUGCGCUACCCGAACCCGACGGAUCCGCUGAAUGGGGAGGCGGCGGCGCUGUUGAUGAGGGAGCCGAAAAGUUAUGAUAUCAAGGUCAAGGAGUACGUCCAGAAAUACGCCAGCAAAGAAGCAGCCGACGAUGCCGGCGCCGAAAGCGAAGACGACGACGAUCUGUCCUCGGUGGCGAGUUUCGACGACGACGAUGAGGAACAGCAGCCAGCUGGUAAGAUGGAUGAUGUAUAG